UGCUGCAUUGUUGUUACAUGGGCGCCCUCUGCCUUGAUCAGGAUCCCUUCACACAGCCUUGAACAAAAGCUGUCCGCCGCCCCAGAUGGGGCCGCUCUUCGUCUGUCUCCCACUGUUGCACCCAUUAUUUUAUCCGUCUAGCGGCGCUUCAAACCCUCCGACGUCCCACUUGCCCGGUAAUCUCUUCCCUUCACCAUCUCUCCUUGUUCUUUCCCAGCCACAACAUUUUAGCCGCAACGAGUGUGUAGUGCGCACUUCUAUUGCAGCUAAUAGGACGACGUGUUGGGCUGCUACUCACCUAGUAGCUGGUGCUACAGUAGAAUGACAGCACCCCGCUUUUGCGGGGAAAAAGAGGCUGGGCCCCACCCAGCC